UCAACGGUUACAAGCAAGAUGGCGGCGAGUAAACGCGUUCUUAAUGUUGGUAAGAAAAACAUCAAAAUUAUAAAUCAAAAUAAUAAUCACUUCGCAAUCACAGCGCUAUAAUUUCAUCCCACAAUCACAUGCAUGUUAGUGAUGCGGUUCCGGUUAUCAUCUGUAGCCGGGAAAGCAGCAGAAGAUGAAAUGUGAGCUUGAAUUGAACGUUUAGUGCGUUGAAUAUGAAAUAUUAUAACAAGUCAAAUAUACGGUCUUGUCUUGCGGAGGAGGUGGACGAGAAAGUGUUGCACGCUGCGUUCAUUCCCUUCGGUGACAUCUCAGAUAUUCAGAUCCCGUUAGAUUAUGAGACAGAGAAGCACAGGGGCUUUGCAUUCCUCGAGUUUGAACUGGCAGAGGAUGCAGCAGCUACCAUUGAUAACAUGAACGAGUCGGAGCUGUUUGGCAGAACCAUCAGGGUGAACAUCGCCAAACCCAUGAGAAUUAAAGUGGGCUCCUCUCGGCCAGUGUGGUCGGAAGACGACUGGCUGAAGAAGUUCUCAGGGAAGACUGUUGAGGAGAGCGAGGAGGCUGAGUCAGCCGCAGAAUCAACCAGUACAAAUACACAAGAGGGAGAACCUCCAGAGAAAAAAGGCAGAACUAACCCACAGGUCUACAUGGACAUCAAGAUCGGCAACAAACCUGCAGGCCAGCUGCGCUUCCUCCUGCGAGCGGACGUUGUGCCCAUGACUGCAGAGAAUUUCCGUUGUCUGUGCACGCAUGAGAAAGGCUUUGGAUUCAAGGGCAGCAGCUUCCAUCGAAUCAUUCCUCAGUUUAUGUGCCAAGGUGGAGAUUUUACCAACCACAAUGGCACUGGGGGGAAAUCCAUAUAUGGACACAAGUUUGAUGAUGAGAACUUUGUCCUAAAACACACACAACCAGGUCUGCUGUCGCUGGCAAACUCUGGUCCCAAUACUAACGGCUCGCAGUUCUUCAUCACUGUUGAUAAGACGGACUGGCUGGAUGGCAAACAUGUGGUGUUCGGAGAGCUCAUAGAGGGCAUGGAUGUACUCCGGGCCAUGGAGGCUCAGGGAUCAAAAGAUGGCAAAACCAAAUAGAAAGUCAUCAUUUUCAACUGUGGAGAGUUUGUGUGAAUUCAACAUACUCUGUGUGUGUUUGUGUGUGUGUGAGAGAGAGAGAGAGAGAG